AUGUUUUUACUCCCAUUUCUCACUCGUCAUCCUAGCUCUAUUCACCAGUCCUCAGUUCAGUUUCGAGGAUUACUUACUGUAAUCUCAAGAAAUAUACACAUUCCCAUCCCUCAUAAAAUGUUGCCUCUUUCAAUUGAACAGAGAAGACCCUCCCGGUCUCCCGAAUACGAUCAGUCUACUUUAUCAAAUUACAAGGACUUCUCAGUUCUUCAUACCCAUUUGAGCUUGUCUGUUUCCUUCGAUAAGUCUGCUAUUUCAGGGAACGUUACGUUCCAGUUGAAAAAACUGUACGAUGAAAAAAAAUCGAGGGACUUCCAUCUGGACACGUCCUAUUUGGAUGUCCAGGAGGUCCAGAUUGAUGGUUCUAAGGCGGAUUUUCGAAUUGAGCAAAGAAAGGAGCCCUUGGGCUCCAGGCUGGUUAUCAAUAAUACCUCUUGCAACGAUAACAUUAAUUUGAAUAUUCAGUUUCGUACAACUGACAAGUGCACCGCUUUGCAAUGGCUAAACAGCAAGCAAACCAAGGGCGGUAAACCGUACGUAUUUUCACAGUUGGAAGCUAUUCAUGCGAGAUCCUUGUUCCCCUGCUUUGAUACUCCCUCUGUGAAAUCUACUUUCACUGCAUCUAUUGAAUCUCCACUACCAGUGGUUUUUUCAGGCAUCACGAUCGAAGAUACAACUACGGAUACUAAUAUUUACAGAUUUGAACAAAAAGUCCCCAUUCCAGCUUACUUGAUCGGCAUUGCCUCUGGUGAUCUGUCGAGCGCUCCAAUUGGACCUCGUUCCACCGUUUAUGCAGAACCAUUUCGUUUGGAAGAUUGUCAAUGGGAAUUUGAAAACGAUGUAGAGAAAUUCAUUCAAGCUGCUGAGAAAAUUAUUUUCGAUUAUGAGUGGGGCACUUAUGAUAUCUUGGUUAACGUCGAUUCGUACCCUUACGGCGGUAUGGAAUCUCCGAAUAUGACAUUUGCUACGCCCACCUUGAUUGCUCAUGAUAAAUCUAAUAUUGAUGUCAUUGCCCAUGAACUUGCUCACUCAUGGUCUGGUAACUUAGUGACCAAUUGUUCCUGGAAUCAUUUUUGGCUGAAUGAAGGUUGGACUGUUUACUUAGAAAGAAGAAUUAUUGGUGCUAUUCAUGGUGAACCAACUAGGCAUUUCAGUGCUCUGAUUGGUUGGAGCGAUUUACAGAACUCUAUCGAUUCCAUGAAGGACCCUGAAAGAUUUUCUACUUUGGUGCAAAACUUGAACGAUAACACUGAUCCUGACGAUGCCUUUUCCACUGUUCCUUAUGAGAAGGGAUUUAACCUAUUAUUUCACCUAGAAACUGUUUUGGGAGGCAAGGCCGAAUUUGACCCAUUUAUUAGACACUAUUUCAAGAAGUUUGCCAAGAAAUCUUUGGAUACUUUCCAGUUUUUGGACACUUUAUAUGAGUUUUAUCCUGACAAAAGGGAAAUUUUGGAUUCUGUUGAUUGGGAAGCUUGGCUGUAUAAGCCAGGGAUGCCACCAAGGCCUCACUUCAUCACUGCUUUGGCUGAUAGUGUUUACCAAUUGGCUGACAAGUGGGUUGAAAUGGCUCAAAAUUUGAAAAAUACAGAAGAGUUCCGGUCUGAAUUCGAUGCUAUUGAUAUUAAGGAUUUUAAUUCGAACCAAUUGGUUUUGUUCCUGGAGACUUUGACACAAAAUGGCCAUUCUAGCAAAAAACCAAAAGAUUUUGACUGGGCCAAGUUCCCCGUCGCAUCUAAGGCACUAUUAGAUAUCUAUCAAGAUAAGAUUGUUAAAUCGCAAAACGCUGAAGUUGUUUUCAAGAUGUUCAAAUUCCAGAUCUUUGCCAAGCUACAAGAAACCUAUAAGCAUUUAGCUGAUUGGUUGGGGACUGUAGGUAGGAUGAAGUUUGUCCGUCCCGGUUACAGACUAUUAAACUCUGUGGACCGCCAAUUGGCUGUUGCCACUUUCGAUAAAUUUAAGGACACGUAUCACCCAAUUUGUAAAGCUCUUGUGAAACAAGAUUUAGGUCUCUGA